CAGCUAGCUGAUACGAACAGAUUGUUAAAAAAUGGCUGUUUCUGACUCCAAGGAAACUGCCCAAGAGGGGAGUGGUAACAAAAGUGCUACCCCUGGAGAAGGAGCCAGCUUUGGCUUCAAGAUGUACAUCUUGUUGGUGCUGACCAUGAAUGCCACAGGGUACAUCCUGUUGAUCCGCUUCACCCGCUCUAGAGACAACGUCCCCAUGUACUUCAGCACCACCACAGUUCUUCUAUCAGAGGUCUCCAAGCUCACCAUCAGUCUCAUGCUACUCACCAAGGAACACAAGAGCCUGAUAGGGAUGAUGAGGGACGUCUACCACAAUGUCCUUUGUAACCCAUCGGAUACAUUCAAGAUGUGCAUUCCCAGUAUCAUCUAUGCUCUUCAGAACAACCUGGCCUUUGUGGCCUUGUCCAAUCUGGAUGCUGCUACCUAUCAGAUUACAUAUCAGUUGAAGAUCAUCACAACAGCAAUGUUCAUGGUGGUGAUGAUUGGGAAGAAGAUCAACCCAAUGCAGUGGCUUGCCAUCUUUCUUCUCUUUGCCGGCGUGGCUGCCGUUCAGGUGGAAUCUGCAAACACGAAAGAGGAUUCCUCCCAUUAUAAUUACAUGAAAGGAUUAAUAGCUAUCAUAGUCUCCUGUCUCUGCUCAGGAUUUGCAGGUGUUUAUUUUGAAAAAGUACUAAAAGGAACCGAGACAACGUUAUGGAUACGGAACGUUCAGAUGUAUCUAUUUGGUAUCAUAAGCGGUCUUGUAGCAGUAUUUACCAAAGAUUAUAAGAAUAUCAUGGACCAUGGAUUUCUAUAUGGCUAUGAUGCAUAUGUUUGUUUGAUUAUAGCAAUGGCCAGUAUAGGAGGUUUGUACACAUCCAUUGUGGUCAAGUACCUUGAUAACAUCGUCAAAGGAUUCUCUACAGCAGUAUCUAUCGUCUUGGCAGCUGUAGGCUCAUUUGUUUUCUUCGGGAAGUCUUUUGGGUACCUCUUCAUGGGUGGAUCAGCUCUUGUGACUGUCGCUAUUUAUCUGUACAGCCUUCCCAAGCCAGCUGCAAGCACGCCCAAGGCCAGAGGGCCACAGAAUGUCUAGCUGACCCAACAGUUGACUUGUUGAUGGACUUACAUAGAGGUGAGACUUCUUGUCAGAUUGUAAAUCUUAUUAUAUUCCCAGUCCUGCACCUCAAAGAAUGCAACCCUUGGACUUUUUAGCAAAGGCACCUGUGAAUGGAUUCAUGGAUGAUGAUCACCGAUGUUUGAAUAGCAGUCUUUGUAUACCUUGGAAACCUCAGCUCUUGCUUCCUGUGCAGCACUCGCCCAUCAAGAUAUUGGUGCUUCAGUCAUGCCCACCUCAGAUGUGUCACUCUUUGUCUAGAACAGUACCAUGCUAUCUUUUACCUAGUAGUCUGGGGGCUUUUUAAGAAACUUAUUUACAAUAGAUUUCAAAAAUGUAUUUCCAAAAUUGCAAGUUAUAGAUUGAUUAAACCAUAUGAAACCAGUUCAUACUUUAAUAUUCUUGCAGAAGACUGGCCUGGAAUCUAUAUGCAAAUUUCAAUUGAUUUCAAUACACAGGCUUGAUUUGUGGCUUUGCAAUCAAUUGACUUACAACUGAUUGCAAGUUUCAUAAAACACCCCCUGGCUACUGGUACAUUUAUGUCAUGUAAAGCAUUUUACAAAACUGCGUACAUUACUACGGAGGUGUAUUUUUUUUAGUAUAUUUAUAAAAAAAAUGGACAGUUUUGUUCGUCCAUUUGUAUAGGGAGUUUGUACUUAAAUUAUUUGAGUAGAAUAGUACUCAUGUUGUCUUGAUAUUUGUACCUUAUAUUGAAAGAUUUAUGUCAGUCAUAACUGUACAACCCACAGUUUAGACCAUUGACACAUGGACAUCAACAGCUGACAAAAUGAAGAUUCUGUACAUCUGCAUUAAUCUCAAAUGGUCACAAAUCAGUUUGUUUGUAGUUUUGCGUUAUGGUUAUCAAAGCAACCCUUCAUUCAAUUAGUGUAAUUUGUGGAUUUCCAAACUCUGACAGGCUUUGAUUUUACCUCCCUUUUGCCUAAUAAAGAGACACCUUGUGAAUCCUGCAUUUGAAUGCUAGCUGGGGGGGGGGGGGGGGUUAUUUCAUGAAGCUAUCAAAAACAUAUGUCAAGUUUAUUUUUCUUCUGCAUUUCUCACCCAUUAGAAAUCAUAUUUUUUGAGCUACAAUUCAUUGUUGUGACCAUUGAAAUAUGCCCUGAUAAUUUUUUUCUCAAAACUUCUUAAAUAUAUGAAUUUGAUUUUUUCUUUCAUAAUUACUUAGUUUAGUAUUUUGUGUGACUUUUUGUAUUGAAGUCAAUCCUUGAACUUAUUUUUACAUUGAUUUUUCAAUAGAUUUUGCUGCAUUAAAUAUUGGCUUUGUUCUUAGAAUAUUAGUAUCCUAUG